CGGAAGCUGCAUUUGCUGCCAAUGUCAUUACUCUCGUAGCCUCUCGUACUCUCGUACUUUUAAUAUCUAUUUAUUUAUUUAUGUAUUUAUUUAGCGAGGCGGUUAAUUGAUCAGGGCGGUUAUGUGACGGUCGGAUAUGCGACGUUCCACUGUACUUGUUUAUAAUUCAUAAGUACUGUAUGUAAUUCUGACAAUAAGAAACAGCUUUUAAAACCAUCUGACAUUGUGUCUGAGUGUAGUCUUGUCAAGAAGACACUGAAGAAAUAAGCGUGUUUCUUUAUAGGACAGCUGCCCUCUGGUUUUAAUGAGCGACAUGUUUCUAUCGACAUCUUUCCUAGUUUUUAUUUAUUUAAACAUUUAAUAAUUUAAAGAAUCAGCGUUUUCUUAUUGUUGGCUUUCUGUGUCGUUUAGAGUCAUACUCAAAGUGUGUCAGAGUGUACCGGCGCAACAUCCGGAUGCAGACGUGGCAGGCAGUGACGCCAUUUCCGGUGGCUGUAUCCGCCAAGGAGAGUCAGAGGGAGGGAUUAGCUGCGACUGAGCUUCGGCACUGGCGAACCGAAACCGGAUCAACCAAACACCUACUGCAGGCAACCGAAACCGGGACACGAAGCGCCUGCUCCGGCUCGUUAGUCGCGCUGUAUUGAACCGCUCCAGAGGUCUGUUUUGUUUAGGGAUGAACUCGGAAUGAAUGUAAACCAGCAAGCGCACAUGGCAUCACCGUACAGGCAGCCACAGCCCGCCCUUCAGGGGUACGCCCAGCCUGGCUAUGGGGGACCCCCCACCCAGUACGCACCCUACAACAGUCCCAAUCCGGGGUACCAGCAGGGAUCAGCUCCAGCAGGUUAUUUUCCUUAUUCAAGUUUGCCCUCUAAGGCUUUUCCUGCUACUCUUGCUUCUGACCUCUCCUCUACCUCCUCUUCUCCUCUCGAUCUAGGUCCAGUGCGACCCUCACCUAACUCUGGGGCCCCCCCAGUGUCUGCCCCCCAGGGGUACAGCCAGUACACACAGGGAGAUGUGCAAAACGGCCCCCCUACCAUGAGCAGCCAGCCUCACAGCCCCCCAGUCUCUCAGCCCUACCUCCCAGGUAGCCAGCCAGCCUACCACCAGCAUUACGGAGCCCCGCACACCGGUAUGCAACAGAUGACCAAUCAGAUGUCGGGAAUGCACGUCUCAGCCCCGCCCCCUGCAGUCUCCGGCUAUGCACCCCCCUCUUCUCAACAUCAGACCUCUGUCAGCUUCUCAGGCGCACCCUCCUUCCCUCCCCACUCUGUCUCCUCACAGCAAAACUCCCCAGCAACCAGCCUGACACAUGGCCAGCCUCCCUCACAGUCCCCCUUCCCUGGGUCCCCAUCUCUGGCACAGUCCCCCUUCCCAGGUGCCCCACCUCCAGGCUCCCAGCCCCAAUAUUCAUCAACCCCUCCUCUUCCUGUCUCCCAGCCCCAAUAUUCAUCAGCCCUUCCUCUUCCUGUCUCCCAGCCCCAAUAUUCGUCAGCCCCUCCUGCCUCCUCACAGCCCCAUUACCCAGGGGCCCAACCUCCCCCUGCCUCCCAGGCUCAGUUCCCUGGGCCCUCCCAGACCUCCCCAUUCCACGCACCCCCUUCCAGCUUUCCCCCCACUGCAGGUGCCCCCAGACACCCUGGGGUGCAGCCAAUGCAGGCCCCGCCUCACUCCCAGUACCUCUCUGGGCCCCCUCUCCCUUGCCAGCCCAUGCAGGGGCCCCCGCUCUCCCAGCAGAACCAUGUGGCCCCGGGGAUGCAGGGCCCCCCAGCUCAGCCGGUACCCCCAGGACAGGGGCAGGGCGUCCAGCCUCAGCAGAACGGUGCAUUUGGACAAAUGAGCGGGCCACAGCCUGGCUAUGGGGGUUCUUACCCGGGCCCCCAAAACUACGGGGCACAGCCCCCUCCUCCCGCAGCGCCUCCGCAGAAACGGCUUGACCCAGACACCAUUCCUAGCCCGCAAGUCAGUGCGCCGCCUGCUGUGCAGAAAACAAGACAUAGAAUAGACCCAGACGCAAUCCCCAGCCCAGUCCAGGUGAUCGAGGAUGACCAGGCGAACCGGAGCAGUGAGCCGUUCACGACAGGGGUCAGAGGUCAGGCACCACCGCUUGUCACAACCAACUUCCAGGUCAAAGAUCAAGGGAACGCGAGCCCGAGCUAUAUAAGAUGCACAGCCUACAAUUUCCCCUGCACCUCAGACAUGGCGAAGCAGUCUCAGGUUCCUCUGGCUGCAGUCAUCAAGCCCUUGGCGACUCUGCCCCUAAACGAGGCUCCCCCGUACAUUGUAGAUCACGGAGAGACGGGGCCAAUCCGCUGUAACCGGUGUAAAGCCUACAUGUGUCCCUUCAUGCAGUUCAUCGAGGGGGGCCGACGCUUUCAGUGUGGCUUCUGCAGCUGUGUGACCGAGGUGCCUCCCCAUUACUUUCAGCACCUGGACCACACUGGAAAGCGAGUGGAUUGUUAUGACCGGCCAGAGCUCUCCAUGGGGACAUGUGAGUUCACAGCAACUGUUGACUACUGCAAGAACAACAAGAUCCCACAGCCCCCGGCGUUCAUCUUCCUGAUUGAUGUCUCUUACAACAUGGUGAAGAGCGGGCUGGUCGACCUCAUCUGUGCAGAGCUGAAGACUCUCCUGGAUUACCUGCCCAGGGAGAGCAGCGAGGCGGACUCGUGUAUCCGGGUGGGCUUCGUCACCUAUAACAAGGUGCUGCACUUCUACAACGUCAAGAGCUCGCUGGCGCAGCCCCAGAUGAUGGUGGUCUCGGACGUAGCAGACAUGUUUGUCCCCCUGCUGGACGGAUUCCUGGUUAACGUGAACGAGUCGCGUGCCGUCAUCAACAGUUUGCUGGAUCAGAUCCCAGAGAUGUUUGCUGACACGAGGGAGACAGAGACGGUGUUUGCCCCUGUGAUCCAGGCUGGCUUGGAGGCCCUGAAGGCUGCAGACUGUGCAGGGAAGCUCUUUAUUUUUCACUCAUCGCUCCCCAUCGCAGAGGCUCCGGGGAAACUAAAGAACCGGGAGGACAAGAAGCUGGUCGGCACAGACAAGGAGAAGACCCUGUUCCAGCCCCAGACUAGUUUCUUUGGCAACCUGGCGAAGGAGUGCGUGGCACAGGGCUGCUGUGUGGACCUCUUCCUCUUUCCCAACCAGUAUGUGGAUGUGGCGACACUGGGUGUGGUGCCCUCCCAGACCGGGGGCUCUGUGUACAAGUACACCUGCUUCCAGGUGCCUUCAGACGGGGAUCGCUUCCUCAAUGACCUGCGCAGGGAUGUACAGAAACAGGUCGGGUUCGACGCAGUCAUGAGGGUCCGAACCAGUACAGGGAUCCGUGCGACAGACUUUUUCGGCGCUUUCUACAUGAGCAACACGACGGACGUGGAGCUGGCUGGGCUGGACUGUGACAAGGCCGUAACGGUGGAGUUCAGACACGAUGACAAGCUAAGUGAGGAGAGCGGCGCACUCAUGCAGUGCGCAGUGCUGUACACCAGCUGCAGUGGUCAGCGGAGGCUGCGGGUUCACAACCUCUCUGUGAACUGCUGCACCCAGCUGGCCGACCUCUACAGGAACUGUGAUACCGACACGCUCAUCAACUUCUUUGCCAAGUACGCCUACCGCAGCAUACUCAACUCCCCCACCAAGACGGUGAGGGACACCCUCAUCAACCAGAGCGCUCAGAUCCUGUCCUGUUAUCGCAAGAACUGCGCCAGCCCCUCCUCCGCCGGACAGCUCAUCCUGCCCGAGUGCAUGAAACUGCUCCCAGUCUACCUGAACUGCGUGCUGAAGAGCGAUAUACUGCAGCCCGGCGCUGACAUCUCCCUCGACGACAGAGCCUACUUGCGCCAGCUCAUCACCUCCAUGGACGUGGCAGAGAGCCACGUUUUCUUCUACCCUCGUCUGCUGCCGCUGCAGAAGCUGGAUGUGAAGGGUGACUCUCUACCCACGGCUGUGCGGGCCUCUGAGGAGCGGCUCUCGAAAGGGGGGCUGUACCUCCUUGAGAAUGGGUUGCACCUCUUCCUGUGGGUGGGGGCCAACGUGCAGCAAGAGCUGCUCCAGAGCGUCUUCAACACCCCCUCCUUCGGGCAGAUUGACCCCAGCAUGACGAACCUGCCAGUGCUGGACAACCCAUACUCACGGAGACUGCGGGCCAUCAUCGAGUCCUUCCGGGCUCAGAGGCCGCGAUACAUGAAGCUGAUGCUGGUGAAACAGGAUGACAAGCUGGAGCUGAUCUUCAAGCACUUCCUGGUAGAGGACAAGAGCAUGAGCGGCGGGGCUUCCUACGUCGACUUCCUGUGUCACAUGCACAAGGAGAUCCGGCAGCUGCUGAGCUAGGAGCAGAGCCUGAGCGCGAGGGCAAGCCGAGACACCCCCCACCCCUGAACUAAUCGCACACAGACUCAAUUGCUCCUUCUUUAAUACUUUCUUUUCUCUCUUUUUUUUUUUUAAUUGACAGACUAAAAAAACAAUAAACAGAAUGACCUUUUGUGAACUGAAUUGUUCUAAAAAUCCUCUCUAGCCCUCCCUCUCCUCAUCCCAUCCUAUCCCUGUUUAUAUAUUCUCCUUUUAAGAGGGAGGGUUGGGGGGUGUUAAGGAGAAUGGGAUUGUCAAACCAGAGGAGUGGAGGAGGUGGGGUGGUGUUGGGGGCAAGCGUGCAUCUUAACUUGUUAAUACAGCUGUUGUAUAAUGUAUGUGAAUGUCCGUUGUGUAUGAUAUAUGACAUUUAGCAUACAGAUGGGAGACAGAUAUUUGUAAUGAGAGAUUUGAGCGUGAGAUUUCGUUCGGUUGCAAACGCUGGUACUGAUUGGAGCUCUCACAGCUGGGACUGGCUCUGUAAGUUUGAAAGGUGAAUCUACGCCGGCACAUUUAAAAUUCACAAUUUAGGAAAGUUUCAUCCGGAGAUUUUUUUUUUUCUAUUCUACUGUUUCUGCAUCUGCCUUUCUGCACCUCAUCUUUCACAUUUACUCUGUCAGUUUGUGUUUUUGAGUUAUUUUUAAAAAUAUUUAAUGGAAUGGGGAGGAUGCACAUUCGUUCUAACAGUAUGCAAGCAUCAUCUCUCCCAGGGUAAGGCAAUGCCUUAACCAGGACAGGACAAAUCCACUUGCCCUCCCUGUUCUGUGUUUUUGUUUUAUUUAUUAUUCUUAUAAUUAUAACUACUGUACACUGGCUAAUCCAAAUCCUGUUCAGAUUUUACCAUUCAGUAAUAUGUACCACGCAAAAAAAAAAGAAAAAAAAAAAGAAAUGGUCCUGUCUUGUGUUUUUGAUACCAACUAUAAUAAAUCUUUAUCCACUGACUGAUAUU